AUGCCGAGCAUCCGAGCUCCGGCGUCCAAGCAGACGGCCACGCUACAGGUGGCUGUCAAGUGCAGGCCAUUGACCGACACCGAGCAGCGGCGCUCGCGGCAUAUCAUACAGGUCAUUGAUGACAAGACUGUGGUUGUGCUGGACCCUGAUCUGUCAAAGGACUACCUGGACCUCAUCCAGAACCGGACCAAGGAAAGGAGAUAUACCUUCGAUCAUGUGUACGCGCCUGGAUGCUCCAAUUCGGACGUGUAUAAGAAUAUAUCCUCUACAAUUGCUGGUGUAGUCCAAGGCCUUAAUGCAACAGUCUUUGCUUAUGGUUCUACUGGAAGUGGCAAAACUUACACUAUGGUUGGAACCCAUAGCGAUCCUGGUCUGAUGGUUCUUAGCUUCCGGACAAUUUUUGAGCUGAUAAAAAAGGAUGACAGUAAGGAUACAUUUGAAGUUUCAUGUUCAUAUCUAGAAGUGUACAAUGAGGUUAUCUAUGAUUUGCUUGAGAGAUCCUCUGGACACCUGGAGCUUCGAGAAGAUCCUGAGCAUGGCAUAAUAGUUGCUGGGUUGAGAAGCAUUAAGGUUCACUCUGCAGAUAGGAUUCUUGAGCUGUUGAACAUAGGCAACAGUAGGCAUAAGACAGAGAGUACAGAAGCAAAUGCUACUUCUUCACGGUCACAUGCUGUACUUGAGAUUACCGUAAGAAAGUUUAAAGCAGAAAGGCCAAUAUGUGAAAGGGCCUCGGAAACAAACAACUUUGGGCAAAAGCUUAGAGAUGGAGCCAACAUCAAUCGGUCACUCCUAGCAUUAGCAAACUGCAUCAAUGCCCUAGGCAAGCAAAACAAGAAAGGUCUUGCCUAUGUUCCCUAUCGCAACAGUAAAUUAACUCGAAUUCUAAAGGAUGGGCUGUCUGGUAAUUCUCGAACUGUUAUGGUUGCUACAAUAUCACCAGCUGAUGAUCAGUAUCAUCACACAACGAACACACACUCAAGUCACGCAGACCGUGCUAAAGAGAUAAAAACACAUGUCCAUAAAAAUAUUGGAACACUUGACACUCAUGUUGAAGACUAUCAGAGGAUGAUCGACAAUCUUCAGGUUGAGGUUUCUCAGUUGAAAAAGGAAUUAGCUGAGAAGGAGCAUCAAUUAAGUAUAAAGCCUAUUGAAAAAGCUGCAGAUAGUGAGCUAUCUUGGUUAAAUGUCUUGAGCCAGGAAACUGGUGAGAAUGUUCAAGAACGCAUAAAUCUUCAGAAGGCUCUGUUUGAACUCGAAGAAACCAAUAAGCGCAACCGAAUGGAACUCCAGCAUCUUGACGAUUCUAUUGCAAGGCAUCAGGUGAAAGAAAUGGACUCUACAGUCCUCCAAGCUUUAACAUCAAGGAGACAAGUUAUUCUUGACAACAUCCGUGAUAAUGAUGAAACUGGUUCUGGAUAUAGAAAGGACAUUGAAAUGAAUGAGAGUCGCAGGCGACAACUCCAGGAUAUGAUUGAAGAAGCCAUCAGUAACAAUGGCAAUAAAACCUACCUGCACAUUCUCAGCCAGUACAGACUACUUGAAAUGACUAAUGCUGAGCUUCAAAUUGAGAUGGCUAUGCGGGAUCAAGUUAUACAUAAUCAGAGGGAAGCUCUAAGGAGCCUGUGGAACAUUCUCUAUGGAACGGGGCUAAACCAGAAGCAGAUUCUUAAAUUGGCUGCAAAGCAAGGAUUAACUGUAGAAGGCUGUCCUUUGCCUAGCUCAAGCCCAGAUGUUACCACGCCACCUUCCUUUCCACCUCAUAGAAGGUUUCCAUCGUUUAUGUCAUUUCCUAGUCCGCAGUCAGAGCCUUAUUCUCCGUCUGCUUGCUUUUUCCAACAUGGUUUCAGCACUAUGUCUUUGCUGAAAAAUCAGCGUGAGACGCCCACCAUAUGUAGGCAGGAGCACCUCAGUUCUUACUACAUGAUGUCUGGCUGCUCGCCUUACUCUGGUGAUGGAAAACAGUGGUCACGUGGAAGACCUAUGACAUUCUUUUCUACUCCAGAAAAACCUAAGGAGGUGAGCAGUGUAUACCGGGGAACAGAGAAUGCACAGUCCCAACACAAGAAGGAACAUUCUGGCAGUCAUGAUUUCAGUCUGCAUAGAAAGCUUUCUAGAAUCGAAUUUAAAUUUGGAGAAUCAAAUAUUGGACUUACCAUAAUUGUUAGCAGAUACCAGAAUAUUCACAGAUGUUCCUUGACUUUGACUGUCAAAACUGCAAAUCGUUCUAUGCAGCCUACUGAUGAAUUAACCUGGAUCCGUGGUCCAUGGAAAGGAAAUGACGGGCCUCGAGAUCCUUCUGGUACACAAACAUCUGUGAUGGCUACAAUGUGGCCUGUCUGA